AUUUUGUUAAUUGCAAAUAGUCUUUUUUGGCAAUGAUAAGGAAACCAGACAUAUUGAAUUUAGUAUUGUUUCAAAGGUUGAUUCUUUCUUCUUCAAUUAUGAGUAAACUCAUACAAGAAAUGGUAUUUUUAAUCUAUGAUAUGAGUUGGCAGAAUCUUUGCUUUUGUUUAUAAGCCACAUUUUGGCUGCUGAUCCCAAGUUUAAUUAAUUUCCUUGACUGAAUGAAACUUGUUCAAGUUUAGGUUUAGGAAUUUUCUUUUAGUUCCCCAAAAAUAUGGGAAGACAACCUUGUUGUGAAAAGAUAGGACUCAAAAGGGGUCCUUGGACAAUUGAAGAAGAUCAUAAGCUUAUGAAUUUCAUCCUCAACAAUGGAAUACAAUGCUGGCGCCUUGUACCAAAAUUAGCAGGGCUAAUGAGAUGUGGAAAGAGCUGUAGAUUAAGGUGGAUAAAUUAUCUAAGGCCAGAUCUCAAAAGAGGAGCACUGUCAGAAGCAGAGGAAGACAUGAUCAUCAAGCUUCAUUCUCAGCUUGGCAAUAGGUGGUCAAAAAUAGCCGCGCAUUUUCCAGGGCGUACAGACAAUGAAAUCAAGAAUCACUGGAAUACAAGGAUCAAGAAGAAGCUAAAGCUCCUCGGCUUAGACCCUUUAACACACAAGCCCAUUGAACAACCUGAUCAUCAUAAAAAUGACGAUAUUAAGCAAAAUGAUUCUUCAGAAAAAGAAGAGAUCAAUGGGAAGCUGGAAUUGCCAGAAACUUUACCUUCAGUAGACUUUCCACAGGAGCAGAAGAAUAUUCAAAAUUCAACAUCUAGUUCGAGCUUAGAUGAAAUGAAUGAGAGUAAUUUGGAAAUGGGGUCAAAUGAGUUGUUCCAAAAUUCAGACACUUUGGAGACAUUUUCCAGCGACAUGUAUAAUCCAGGACUUGAAGAUCCUUUCCAGAAUUGGAUAGGUAGCCCAAUUCAUUGGAAUCUUUUCGACAACUUAGACGAUAAUUUUCUAUGAGGAACAAAAAAAUUUAUUUAGAAUUAUUCCCUUGCUUCCGGUUAUGUUGGUCGGAUCCUCUAAAAUUGCGGUUGCAUCUAUGUCGGGACCUCCAAAAUAUGUAACUUUUGGAGUAUCAGGACGGAUGUAGUGGUAUUUUAACGAUCCGAGCAACGUAUGCUCCCACUAUUCUUGUAGAGUUGAGUAUUAGAAAAUCUUUUCCGUUCAACAGUACAAUCCAGGCCUGAUCAACAUUAUUAUUUCCUUGGUAUUUGGACGGAUGGUUCUUGUUUGAAUAAAAAUCUUCAUACUGUCACCUAGAAUAUCUUUACAAGACAAAAAAGUUGGUUGUUAAAUAAAGAGUUAACGUCCUAAAAUCUCCUUUAACAAUAGUAUACGGGUAAAACUGGGCUCAUGGUAUAUUCCGGUCUCCGAUAAGAUAAAUCAAGCUCGAGACAUGAUGACAAGGGACCGGAAUCAAGGCAAGGGUCUCAUCGAGUCAGAGCCCGGGGGCAUGACACCCACCCUCAAGAAUAUCGGGGUCAUGAUCCGGGAUCGGUCCUAACCCUGAAAGACUUCGGAGAAUAUUAUCAAGCAAUGAAGCACAACCAACAGAAGGCCGUAAUAUCUGCGACCGGCCGGAUAUCACGGCGUGGAUCUCGGCACGUAUCGAUGAAGAAACGGCAAUUAGUUAAACAGAAGAUUUUUUUACCUUUUAUGGAGUUGUACCUAGAGUAGGACUUCCCUACUAUAUAAAGGAGGGCCUGAUAAUUCAUUAGACGUAUUGUAACACGUAUUCAAAAGCAAUAUACUACUAU